GGCCCGUCUUAGCCUCUUGGGUCAUUCUCUCGGCAGGAGCCAGAGUUCAGGGUGGAAUCCAACCCCGGACCUCGUGACUGCCCGGAUCGGCCACUAUUGCCUCCGCCUUUAGCAGGAGCCACGAUGGGAAUGAGAUCCCAGCCAGAGCAUCGGUCUGGGGUAGGGACAAAGAGGGAAAAUAACCACGUCGACGGGUCGCUUGGUUUGAGGAAACCAUCAAACCUUCGACGGCUACGCCCGAGUCGGUGGGCUGCCUGGCCUGCCAGCGGCUUACAUAUGUGGUGGCGGCUGGCGCCGCUUCAAAAACCCCCCAAUCAGGGUAAUGGAGGGAAACAAUGGAACUGAUCGUAAUUAAUCGCAGCUGGCGCCAAUUUCGCAGGGAGGACGUUGGGAGCAGGAAAAGGAAG